CUCGCUAGCCCUAAAGUUUACUUUCCUUUCUGGCUUUCCCUUCUUUUCGUCUUUUCAUUUUUCUACAAAGAGGAGGAAGAUCUUCAGGAAAAAGCCUGGAAGCUGACUCAGGCGUCUGUGGGAAUUCUUAGGGAGAAAUUUGAAGGAUUUUAAAUUAGGGUUUGAAGAAAAGGUUGCUCUUUCUCUCAUUGAAUAUCAGAUUUAGGGGUUGACUUGGUUUCUGGUGGAGAUUUGAAUUUGGAAUCCCAAAGUUUGAUGCUUUUUAAUUACUGCACCCGUGGAUAUCUCGACAAAGUCAACACUGUUACGCGGUCGGUUUUUUUUUUGGUUGCUGCGUAUUGAAGUUUAGGUUGCUGUUGUGAAAAGAUUUCUCGCAGGUGCUUGAGGUUGAAUUUUAAUGUUCUGGGAUAUUCUGUAGAAGCUUUUGAAUGGUUUUGACUUUGUGAGUGUCUGGAAAAUUUAGGAUUACUUUGUUGUAGUUCACUCUGCAAUUUAGUUUCUUCAAAUGGAUAAUUCGAAGAAUCGGCUUAAUGAUCAUCUUGGUGUGAACAAAAUCGGCAAGAAUAUAAGGAAGAGCCCGUUGCAUCAACCUAACUUCGCUAAUAAUGCAGCUAGGCAGCACCCUCAGCCUCAGGUUUACAAUAUUAGUAAAAAUGAUUUCCGAAACAUUGUUCAGCAACUCACUGGUUCGCCUUCACGUAAUGAUCCUUUGCCAAGGCCCCCACAGAAUCCUCCCAAACCCCAAAGUAUGAGGCUGCAGAGGAUUAGGCCUCCACCGUUGACACCAAUCAAUCGGCCUCGUAUUCCUCAUCCCGUUCCAGCCCCUGCCCCUACUCAUGCACAGGCUCCAGUUCCCCCUCCUGCUCCUUAUAACACUGGCUUUGUUAGACCUGGUCAAUAUGGACAACCUUCGCCUACAAUCUUGCAACCUAUGAUUCCUGGAGAUGCUCUAUGGGCAAACACAGCUGAAUCUCCUAUAUCAGCUUAUAUGCGAUACCUUCAGACUUCUCUUAUAGAUCCAAGUCCAGUUGGAAAUCAAGGCCACCCUCAACUACACCCUCCAGUUCCAGGGCAACCUAAUGCUCCACCAUCUUCUGGCUUACUUCCUAAUCCACUUAUGCCUGCAAUCCCUUCGCCAAGAGGAAUAAAUGGUCCACCGAUGAUGCCUAAUCUCCCUUCUCCACGAAUGAGUGGUUCUGUUCCACCAAUGCCCAAUCUUCCAUCACCAAGGAUGAAUGGGCCUGGCCUUUUACCUUCACCGACUUCUCAAUUCCUUUUGCCAUCACCUGCUGGCUAUAUGAAUUUGUUGUCCCCCUGCCCCAACCCUUACUGGCUGCUUUCUCCUGGGGUUCAAUUUCCUCCAUUGAGCCCCAACUUUGCUUUCUCCCCCAUGGGUCAGUCAGGGAUUUUAGGUCAUGGGCCUCAACCUCCACCUUCUCCUGGUCUUAUGUUUCCACAGUCACCUUCUGGUUUUUUCCCCUACCCAAGUCCAAGAUGGAGGGAUCAAUAAUUCAAGUUAUAACAUUGUUGCUCUCAUUAGCUCCAUACUCAUUCAGGCAUUGGGACCAUCAUUCUCAUUGUUGUUUUCAUCUCCGAAUCAAGGUUCGGUCCGAAAGUAUAAUGUAUACUGCUCGUAUAACUGUUUCUUUCUUUAUUUUUUUGUGCCUUUUGUAAUGUCCAUACCCAUUUCACAAGUUAUUUGCACUUAGGCUUCGUAACAGCUGCAAUGCUCUCUGUAUUCUUGGACAAGUUUUACAUGGGAAAUAGUGAAGAUUGGAUAACUAAGUUUGAACAUCCCGACUGGCGCUGUAGCAUGAAAGGAGCGCAUAGGGUGAAUUUUAUAGG